UUGGGUUUGACGAUGUCAAAUGCAGAGCAGUUACAGCAGCAGCUGCCCACAGCUGCUUCCAGCGGCUCUAAAUUUACAUCAGAUUGUGAAAAACCCCGCGCCGUGGACCACAUCUACACCAACCAGACGCAUGACAGAAACCCUUUCUAGUUUUCUUCACAGCCAUAUUUCAUGAUCGCUCGACAAGUGAGAUGGAUGUGGGGCAAGUAAAUAGGGGUGGGCUGUAGCAAGAGGAACAGGAAGAGAGAAGACGAAAGAGAGUGAAGGUUUCGACAGAGAUUCGUGGACUUGAGCGUGAGUGACAUGGCUGAGGAGGAGCUGCCACUGCUGCUGGAGCCUCUGGUCAUCACAGAGGAUGGGGACAUAACUGAGGCCGUCCCAGGCGGAGAGGCCACGACCAGAAGCUCGGAUGGCGCGUCUGAAGAAGUCAAGGGCCCAGAAGAUGAAGCGAGGGAAAUCCAUCCUGAGGAGGAACCCGAGAACACAAACGAUGGACAGAAUAGAGAUGAUACUGCAGGUGGAGAGCAGGAAUCCAUGACCAGUGACCCCAGCAACUCAGAGCGGGGAGAUGUGGAGAGAGAGAGGUUAAAUUCCUCUGAGGAACAACUGGAAGGGGCAACGGGCGGAGAAGAAGAGCCCAAAAAGGCUCGCCGGUUAACCCCUGACUUCCCGGAGGCCCUGUACGAGCUGCUCUUCACCCUGCAGGAGGGCCGACGCCUCAACGACCAGCGCUGCUCCUUCAGGCUGGAGGGCGGCAUGAGGAGGAGGAGGUGCCACUCCGAGCCCAACGCCACCAAGCCGACCCACAGAGUCGUCUUCUCCUCCAUGACCUCGCUGCAGAAGGAGGAGUUUUUUGACCUGGUGGCCACGGCACAGGCGCGCCGACUCAACGACCAGCGGGCGCAGCUCGGGAGGUCUCCACCGCCCAAACCCAAAUCCAGGAGUUUCAGAGGAAGCUUGAAACAGCUGUCCUUUGUGAAAAGGCCUGCGCCAGUUCCUGUCCCUAAAGAGGAUCUGUACGACAUGAUUCUGACUACGCAAGCCCAGGGCCGGCUGGAGGACCAGCGCAGCAGAGCUCCCGGACCCAUGGACGACGAGGACUUCUUCUCCCUGCUCCUGCGGGUUCAGAGCGGACGCAUGGACGAGCAGAGGACUGAACUUCCUCGCUUGCUGAAAACCUGAAACCCGAGACAGAAAACAAGUCACAGUGAAGCUACUGAGAGAGCCUAUUGUUUUUUAGAUUUUUUCCAAAUUGUUUUUGCUAUGAUUUCUUGUUUAAGGACGGCUUUUUGUUCACCUUGAUUAACUGUUUCGGGAAACUUCAUCCCACCUAAGCAUUGGUCGGUGUUUAAGUUGUUAAAGGAGACAUAUUAGGACCUUUUUAUUCAAUAUGUGACACAUUUAAGUUAAUGAAAGACAGUGGAAGAUACAGUAACCAGUAAUAGGGGGUUGGGUCAGCCACUUGACUCCGCUGGAGUCUGGAUCUGUGAUGUCAAAGUGCCCUGCUAGUCUCCAGGAGUACAACUUUUCAGACCCAGGUUUCCCCGCUUUCUCAGUUUAAACAC